AAUGAAAAAGUAUGAUGGAAGGACUAAACCAAAACCUACGACUUCAAAACAGAAGCAUCUUCAACCUCCUAAUGAAUACAAGUGUUUAAUGAGGGCAACAUUAGGAAAUCGUAAACUCAGCACUAUUAUUAAUGCGAAGGAUGUCAACAAGUUUCAGUUGGCAUAUUCGAAUGUAUUAAAAGCGAACCUGGAAGGCUUGAGGAAAAGGGACAAGAAAACGAAGAUGGCGAAGGCUACAUAAUUUUGACAUUGAUUCAAAUGAAGAAUUUUUCAAAUUUGUAAGAGGGAGACUAACUGACAAUGAGUAGUAAUAUAGUGCUGAGUUUACGUUCUCGUGAAAUUUCCUUUGGAGCCAGUUAUCGCCGAAAUCUAGCUAUUAUUCGUGAGCUUGUUACUGAUAAGCGAAUACCUUUCAAAAAGCUUUGGGAAAAGUCAUCCAAACAUCCCAUUUGUUAUGAUGGCAACAAUAUUUAUUUUGAUAACUACAGGUCAUGUUACAUUGCGUGUGGCGCCCUAGGCUUGCCAACAAAACUGUAUUCGCUGCCACCAUGUAAAAAUAAUGAGAAAAUUGUCGAUGCACUUCUAUGUCAGUGCAGUUUGGAGCACCUGCCAGUACAGAAUAGAGAGUACCGUGGAAGCUUCAUGGCCUUAACCGCUGACAACUGGCUAGUCCGCUAUGACAUUGACACAGCCGAGGUCUUGCAGAAAGUCUACCUCCCUCCCACAUAUCGAUUCAAGCACGUGUCGAACAACACUGCUCUUGAGACCAUUGUAGUGAAAUCUAUACAGCGUAGAUCGGCUAGCUUCUUAAUGCAGCGAGACGACACCGAGCCGCAGAGCAAGCUGAUGGCAUUGGGUGUUUUCACUGUUUUCCCUUUGGAAUUUGUCUGCUUUCUGGAAAUCGACAAGGCAAUUUUUGGGAACGACACAUGUGAUGCGAACAUUAUGCAGGAAAUUCUUAUUACAAUGCACCACUCAAGUGUUGUGAGGCUAUACAGUUUCGAGCGAGUCCUUGCACAACAUAAGGUGUUUGAGGCAAAACUCGGUCAGCCCUGCGUGCAGUGGGAAGGAAUUCCUGGCAGCCAACCGAACGGUCUGCCCUUUAAUGUUGUCCUUGACCAAAUGCCACCAGUCUUGUUUGAGGUGCGCUGUGCAGACCACAAUCUGCAGCUGGGUGGGUUUCCAUGGCAUUACAUUGUCUGUCCGCAUGGCAAUCAGAGUGUCUUUCAAGUCCGUUCACUGCAAGACUCAGAAGUUGCCAACAGUGGGGUGUUGGCCUAUGUAGACUCAUCCGGAAUAGACCCAGAUCAAGCUCGUUUCCAUCCAGAUGAAUCGGGAAGGAUUUUACAUUCCAAUGGACGAAAGGUCAGAGUUUUAUCAUUGUGCUCCAAGUCUCUACCGCCAGCAGUGCAGGAGUGUUACACAAUUGAUUUUAUGCAUUCAGAAAACACUCGGCAGGAAAUCAUCACUACAUCUUCCGGACGUAGAGUACAAAAGACAUUAAGGUACAGCGGUGCCAGCGACUGCCAUUACCAGUGCGUACAAGGCAUUGAUUAUGAAAAUGAAACGGACAUGUUGUACGUUACAGUUGCGCAGCGAAGUCGCGUGCAUAGCCAUUCAUGUGGACAUGUAUUGUUUUACUGCAACAAAACCGGGCGGUUGGAGAGAAGUGUGCCGCUAGAGGGCGUCUGGGAUGAAGACAGUGACCACCUUGUUGAAGUCAACAUAGAUACCAUCAUGCACAUCACCAGAUCACCGCUGCGUAGGUUUGUCUGCAGUCUGUAUCGGCUUGACCAUAGUGCAGCAAUGAAGGACGAGGUUCCUGUAGCGAGAAAAGCCAGCACACGUGUCAGCAGUGGUGAUCGACAGCCAAAGCGUGCUUCUAACCGUACACAACUGCUCAUAAAUCGACAUGCUUCAGCGAAUGCAUCUGAUGAGGCAGCUACGUGAUAAUAGCUGAGCUGUCUGUUGAUUAAAGGUGAAUAGUGCGAUGGUCAGGCAUGCAAGUGUGGAGUUUAUGCUAAAGCAAUGUGUGAAUAGUGUCUUAAUAUCAUGUUGUACCAUACGGUGAUGUGCGAGUUGCAGAAUUUUGACGGAAUCGGACAUAAAUUAUAGACAUUUACAAACAAUAGGUUGGAAUAACUGACAGUUAUGCAACGUAAACCUGCAGAUAAGGUUAGCACAUGUGCAAAGUUUGCUCAAAAGAGGAGAAUCGCUGCCUAUAUCAUUAGCAAGCUGGUAUCAAACUCUACUCAACGCUAUGAUGAGUUCAUUUGACGGAAGGGCUGGCAGGCCAUUAACUAAAUACCAGUAGUGAUAUAGAUGUAUAUAUAUAUAUAUAUAUAUAUAUAUAUAUGCACUAUUAAAAGUAAAUGCGAGCCUUGCGUUCAGAUACUGUAUACGCCAUAUUUUUCGCAUACAGAUAUUUUCGCAAAUUCAGACUUGACGGAAAAUUUUAUAAUAGACUUUGCAGACAAGAACUGUUAGCAAGGCACUUGAGAGACGCACAAUGCGGUUAUUACUUGUAUAUAUAAUCAAUAUAAUGCAUAGCAUAUGCGUCAGGCUUCUUUAGUAAAAUGAACUCUAAUGAUAUGGACAUCCACGAAAAACUCCUCAUCAUCAGGUUUGUGCAUGUACUGUUUUUUCUGUAAUGUUGACUUUCUUGGAAUGUUGUGUACGUCAUACGUAGUUCAUAAAUGUCAUUAUGGAUUAUCCGUAAUUGUCACUGAUUGUUUUUGUCAAGUUUUGUGAAAAAUUUCAUAACUUCAGGAGUAGAUAAUGGGGAUUCCCUAUUAUCUACUUCUGAUAACUUGUACUUUAUAAUGAUCUAGUAACUACAUUAAGAUAUAUCAUAUUAACUAAUAAAUCACUAUUGAAAAUUUUGCCAUACUAUCCCCCCCCCCACCAUACAUAAGCUAAAUAGAGUUACCGCGAACUAUUUUAGAUCGCACUUGGAAAUUACUGCUGCUGCUUUUAAUAUGACACACUACUACAUGGAUCUGAUCUAUAGCAUAUUUUAAUCGAGAAUGUUUCAUAUAUGAAUAUGUCAUAUAACUCUAACCUAAAAAAAUAUUAGUUUGUGGGCUUUUUACUGCUUUAAUGCAUAUACAGAAAUACACGAGUUGUUUGUAUUUUUUGUUGUUUUGCAUUGAAUUUGAUUGUGUUAGCUGUUGGUGACUAGUGGUGUAUACUUACAAUAGCUUAGAAUUAUUUUUGUGUAAAUUUUACUAUCACUACGUGUUGGAAACAAAUGCUGCAGUGUAAUCAUCAGAGGAGUAAAAGUUGCUUUGCAUUUUUGGUGAACUGUAAA